GCAAGCGAGCAAGCGAGCUAGCCAUAGAGCGAGCUAGCCCAAGGAGCGAGACAGGGAGCUAGGGCAGGCAGCACCGCCCACGGGGGGCGUCGCAGUUGGGACUGCCGCUCCGCCUCCUCCUCCUUCCCUCGCCCUCCCUGUUUUCCUGCCACUUGAUUUUUGGAGGCGAAGACGGCGCUGCGUUCCAGGAGGGGUGAACUAGGACCGAAGGGAGGGAGAGGAUUGUCUCUGAGUGACUGCCAUGGCUCCCGUCCUAAGCAAGGAUCCCGUGGACAUAGAGAAUAUCCUGGGAUUAAAUCCUCGGAUGCAAAAUUAUGCCGCUCUGCAUUCCACAUCAAGUAAGAAAUUAGAGAAGAAACAUUGGAAAAGAAAUGCUGAUAAAGACUGCUCUGCCUGUCCAAAGCUAGAAAAUAAUUUUGAUGACAUCAAGCACACAACUCUUAGUGAGAGAGGAGCUCUUCGAGAAGCAAUGAGAUGCUUGAAAUGUGCAGAUGCCCCCUGUCAGAAGAGCUGUCCAACUAAUCUAGACAUCAAAUCAUUCAUCACCAGUAUCGCAAACAAGAAUUACUAUGGGGCGGCUAAGAUGAUAUUUUCAGACAAUCCACUUGGUCUGACUUGUGGAAUGGUGUGUCCAACUUCAGAUCUGUGUGUAGGUAGUUGCAAUUUACAUGCAACAGAAGAGGGACCAAUUAAUAUUGGUGGCUUGCAGCAGUUUGCUACAGAGGUAUUCAAAGCAAUGAAUAUUCCACAAAUCAGGAACCCUUCUCUGCCUCUUCCAGAAGAUAUGCCUGAAGCUUAUUCUGCAAAGAUUGCUCUUCUUGGUGCUGGGCCUGCAAGUAUGAGCUGUGCCUCUUUCUUGGCUCGAUUAGGCUACUCUGACAUCACUAUAUUUGAAAAACAAGAAUAUGUGGGUGGUUUAAGUACAAGUGAAAUCCCUCAGUUUCGGCUGCCAUAUGAUGUUGUGAAUUUUGAGAUUGAGCUCAUGAAGGACCUUGGAGUAAAGGUGAUAUGUGGUAAAGGCCUUGCAGUGAAUGGAAUGAACCUCUCUACUUUGAAGGAAGAAGGAUACAAAGCCGUUUUUAUUGGAAUAGGUUUACCAGAACCAAAUAAAGACAGCAUAUUCCAAGGACUAAGUAUGGACCAGGGAUUUUACACAUCAAAAGACUUUUUACCACUGGUGGCCAAGGCAAGCAAACCAGGAAUGUGUGCCUGUCACUCCCCAUUGCCAUCGAUACAGGGAGCUGUGAUUGUACUUGGCGCUGGAGACACUGCUUUUGACUGUGCAACAUCUGCUUUACGGUGUGGAGCCCGCCGUGUGUUCGUUGUCUUCAGGAAAGGCUUUGUUAAUAUAAGAGCCGUCCCAGAGGAGAUGGAGCUUGCUAAGGAAGAAAAAUGUGAAUUUUUGCCUUUCCUUUCCCCGAGAAAGGUCAUAGUAAAAGGUGGACGAAUUGUUGGUAUGCAGUUUGUUCGGACAGAGCAAGAUGAAACCGGAAACUGGAAUGAAGAUGAAGAUCAGGUGGUCCAGCUGAAAGCAGACGUGGUAAUCAGUGCAUUUGGCUCAGUGCUAAGCGAUCCUACAGUAAAAGAAGCCAUGAAUCCUAUCAAGUUCAACCGAUGGGGUCUACCAGAAGUAGAUCCAGAGACUAUGCAAACCAGUGAACCAUGGGUAUUUGCAGGUGGUGACAUUGCUGGUUUGGCUAAUACUACAGUGGAAUCAGUGAAUGAUGGCAAGCAGGCUUCUUGGUAUAUGCACAAAUACAUACAGACACAAUAUGGAGCUUCAGUCUCUCCCAAACCUGAGCUUCCCCUUUUUUAUACUCCUAUUGAUCUGGUGGAUAUUAGUGUAGAGAUGGCUGGAUUGAAGUUUCCGAAUCCUUUUGGUCUUGCUAGUGCACCUCCAGCUACCAGUGCAUCAAUGAUCAGACGAGCUUUUGAAGCAGGAUGGGGCUUUGCUGUGACCAAAACUUUCUCUCUUGAUAAGGACAUUGUGACUAAUGUUUCACCACGGAUCGUCCGGGGCAACACCGCAGGCCCAGUGUAUGGCCCAGGACAAAGUUCCUUCCUUAAUAUCGAGCUCAUCAGUGAGAAAACAGCAGCGUACUGGUGUAAAUGUGUCAGUGAACUAAAGGCUGACUUUCCUGACAAAAUUGUGAUUGCUAGCCUCAUGUGUACUUACAACAAAAACGACUGGACUGAACUUUCCAAAAUGGCUGAGGCUGCUGGAGCAGAUGCCCUGGAGUUAAAUUUAUCAUGUUCACAUGGCAUGGGAGAAAGAGGAAUGGGCUUGGCCUGUGGGCAGGAUCCAGAUAUAGUGCGGAACAUCUGUCGCUGGAUUAGACAGGCUGUUCGGAUUCCUUUCUUUGCCAAAUUGACCCCAAAUAUCACUGAUAUUGUGAGAAUUGCAAGUGCUGCCCAGGAAGGUGGUGCAGAUGGUGUUACCGCCACCAACACUGUCUUGGGCCUGAUAGGACUCAGAGCAGACAGCACACCCUGGCCUGCAGUUGGUGUAGGGAAGAGGACCACAUAUGGUAGUGUGUCUGGAACUGCAAUUAGACCCAUAGUCUUACGAGCUGUAACAGCCAUUGCCCGAGCCUUGCCUGGAUUUCCCAUUUUAGCCACUGGGGGAAUCGACUCAGCUGAAAGUGGUCUGCAGUUUCUACACAGUGGAGCUUCUGUUCUACAGGUGUGCAGUGCAAUUCAGAAUCAGGAUUUCACGGUGAUUGAGGAUUACUGCACUGGGCUCAAGGCCCUGCUUUAUCUAAAAAGCCUUGAGGAGUUGAAAGACUGGGAUGGUCAGAGUCCCGUAACUAUUCGUCACCAGAAAGGGAAGCCGGUUCCUCGUAUCGCAGAUCUCACCGGGAAGAAACUGCCAAAUUUCGGGCCUUACCUUGAGCUGCGGAAAAAAAUUAUAGCAGAGAACAAGAUGAAACUGAAGGAGCAAAAUUUAGCUUUGUCACCUCUGGAAAAAUCCUACUUUGUUCCCAAGAAGCCCAUUCCAAAAAUCAAGGACAUAAUUGGGAAAGCACUGCAGUACAUUGGAACAUAUGAUGAACUUAGCAAAGUAGAGCAAGUUGUGGCUCUGAUUGACGAAGAAAUGUGCAUUAACUGUGGGAAAUGCUACAUGACCUGCAAUGACUCUGGAUACCAGGCUAUACAGUUUGAUCCCAACACCCAUCUGCCCACCGUCAACGACAGUUGUACGGGUUGUACUCUGUGUCUCAGUGUCUGCCCGAUUAUUGACUGCAUCAAAAUGGUUUCCAGGACAACACCUUAUGAACCAAAGAGAGGCUUGCCCUUAGCUGUGAAUCCAGUGUGUUAAGGUGAUUAGUUUAACAGUUGUGGUGAACUGAAAGUCACCAGUGGAAGUGGAUAUGUUUUCUAAUUAGAUCAUUAUUUUUAAAUCUCUUUACAUAAAAAUAACAGGAAUAAUAAUAGUAAGAGUUACAAAAUAAUAAUAACCUUGAUGGCCACGCUGCCCAUAGUCAUAAAUUCUAAUGAUUCUUUUUCAGAAAAAGUUUUGUGAGACGUAAGCUAUCCAUUGGUUAAUUAGAUGUUUUCUGUCAAUUCUGUCCAUUGUCGAGAAACAUUAACUUUUCUUUGGCAAUUAAUGCUCCAGUUUCCAAAUUACCCUGUGCUGGGCUCUGUCUUUAAUUCCUAAUUGUAAGUGAAAUUAAGUAUUUUGGAACAAAGUGCAGUUUAACAUGCAAGAAAACUGUUGCCGGGGAAACAUUUUAUAAUUAAAAAUUACAUUUAAUUUUAACACUGUUUCUUCAAAAAUGUAAUUAGCUCCAUAAAGCACAAAUGAAGCAAGUUAUUUUACUAUGGAAGGAAAAGAAAGGAAGCUUUAAAUAGGGUUAUAAAAGGUGGAUUAAGUACUUUCAGCCAACAUAAAACCUAGCUUCUGCUUUGUACUAGGCACACACACAGAUACAAAGUGUAAGUGUUUGCUAACUACCACCAUUACUGCCAUCCUGCACUCGUGCUUGAAAAAGGUGUCUAAAAUCUGUACCAAUGGAUACAACUAUGUUUCCCUUUAAGUGUUUAGUCUCUGUUCUUAAGCUCUGAGCUUGUUAGUAUGAAGUUCUGAUCUACAGCCAUGUUUCUAUUUCAUAAUGAACUUAAUCCACAUAUUUUUAAUAACUUCCAAAAUUUCAUAUUUAGAGGCAGUGUGACAGAGCUGGCAUACAAGUUGGGGACCCUGGGUUCCAAUUCUGCCUCUGACACACACUGGUUGUGUGAUUUUUGAGGUAGUCAGAAAUUUUUAGGACCCCAGAACACUCUCAAAGACUUUAAGUAAAAAAAAAAAAAGUUACUUAUCUAUAUCAAUGAAUGAAUAUUUCUAUAUCAGAAGUUCUUUAUACUAAUAAAUUCACAGAUAUAUGCCAAUAAAAAUUUAAAUUUAAAAUAUACUAAUUAAUAUUUGAGCAAAACUUAAAUUAUAUGGUGGCUCAUGCAUUGAAUUACUCUAGAAUGAAAUUAUACAAAUAAAGUAAUUUUUUUACAGUAUCAUUCUGUUCCUACUCUUUAAAUUAGUAGUUAUGUUUCAGUACUAUGUAUUAGUCAAAAAAGAAGUAUAAGUGUCUGAUAUUGCUCUGUAAUACAGUAUUGCUUGAUCUUUACUUUUCAGAAUAUUCUCAUAUGUCUUUCUGUUUUAGAAUUUCUAUAUUACAUUAGUAUAUAUUAAGAUAAAUCUGUCAGCAAGGUAAUAAUGAGCUAUGACAUGUCUACCUAGUCCUGUGCCAAAUAGCAAAAUCUAAAAGAAGAUUCAAAAUUCUAAUUGUAUGUUUUUAGAAAUCUUUGUUUAACCAAGUCUCUGUAUGUUAAAUAAAACACAAAUGAAGUAAAAACAAUUUUAAGCAA